AUGGAGAAAUCCCAAAGCUUCCCGAGCAAAAUAGACCGGGACACCGAAAAUCUUGGAUUACCCUUCCUCCCCCAGGAGCACAUCAACUCUGUCCCGAAGCGGACAUGCUUUUCGCGGCUGUAUCUAUUCGCUGUCAAGAUUGCCUUGACUCUCUUGGUUGCUCUAACUAUAUAUACCCAUUUUUUCUCAACUCCAUCCUCACCCUCGCCAUACGCUGGCGCCCUCCGAACCAUCCCACCCGUGGAGGUCCAACGAUCUCUGUCCGCCUUCGAAGGUCCAUGUGGUAACUCCCCGGCCGAAGCGCGUCAACGGGGCUGUAUCUUUGACAUGAUAGCUUUCAAUUGGGCCCACCAUGACUGCUGGGACGAGGACCUCCAUAAUCAAUUCCUAGCCCGGUACCCAAAUACCUGGCACUGGGAGACACUAGACGGACAUUCGGUGCCGGUUGAGGAGGUGCUGGCGGGUGCACAUCAGUUCCUCAACACCAAUUGGGACUUCUACAUCGUUCACUGCUUGUAUGUGAUGGAGCGGGCGGAAAGGGGUUCGCGGCCGUUACCCCAUGUGGCUAGAGAAGCCCAGAUAUCAGACGAAUGGUCGCCUCCAUUUCUCCAUGUGAAGCAGUGCACGCUUGAUUUGAUGGAUGUGGGGAAGUAUGCGGGGAAGACGAUAAUGGUCACGGCGAAGAUGGGGUAUCCGGCGUGUGGCACCGAGAUGAAGUGA